AUGUUCCGCAUCCCAAGCUGCCUCGUACGCUCCAGAGCUCCUGUAGCUCUUCAACACCGAACCUCUAGUUUAGCUUUACUCUCAACCUAUCCAGCAGCCCAGAGACCCCAAUUACAUCAACGAAUUAGCCAUGUCAGCGGCUUCAGCACCCCCCGCUCUUUUCAUUCAGUCGCACCCUUGGAGGCCGAAAGUAAACGCGGCCAAGAGAAGCUCAGAUCCGACCCAUCGAAGAUAGCAGCAGAGACCAAAUCGUUCGAUGAUCUGACCCUCCCAGGCGCUCACCCAAUUGCAGGAGUCGAUGGUGGCGGCCUCAAACAUGACAUUGACGUAGUCAGAGACGCUUUGCGGCUCAGCCGUACGCCCCGUGAAUCUCAUAUCCUCGGGCUCAUGGGAACGGUGCCUUACUUUGCGACCUCUGCUGCGUCCGUCUUCCUGAGUUGGGACUUGACGAAGGACCUCCCCGCAGCCACCCCAUUCUACAACGCUAUCUUGAUCAAUCAUGACACUGCAAAAUAUCUCCUCAGCAUCAUCGAGCCCCUCCAGCUCGGGUACGGCGCAGUCAUCAUAUCCUUCCUAGGAGCCGUCCAUUGGGGCCUAGAAUAUGCCGAAAAGGAGCCCCAUCCUGAGCGAACCCGCUUCCGCUACGGGAUGGGCGUCGUCGCACCCAUCAUUGCCUGGCCAACUCUUCUGAUGCCCCUCGAAUACGGCCUGAUCACCCAGUUCGCUGCUUUCGUCGCUCUCUACUUCGCCGAUUCCCGAGCGACUAUCCGGGGCUGGGCUCCCCCGUGGUAUGGCCACUACCGGUUCCUUCUCACUGCAAUGGUGGGCUUUGCUCUUUUCAUUUCUCUUGUUGGUCGCUCCCGUAUCGAGACUUCGCAACGAUUGAGCGGGAGAUAUCUCAGUGAGAGCAUAGAAAGCCCCGGAGUGGCCGACACUACCACCGACUGGGUAAAGGUUGAGGCAGAAGAGAAGAAGCGAAUUAAGAAGGAGAAGGAGGAAAAGGAGAAGCAGAAAGAGAAAGAGGCGAAGAAGAGCCAGCAAGAGGAGAUGAUAAAAGACAAGAAUGGUGGCAAGGGGAAGCAGGCUCAGGAAGAGGGAAAGCCUAACAGCGACAAUCCCAAAUCUGGCACUGAGGCGGAUAAAACACAAAAGGGGGAAGAUGAUCAAAAGGAGAAGGAUGAUCAACAGGAGAAGGAUGAUCAGAAGGGAAAGGACGGUCAAAAGGGGGAGGACGGUGAUGGUAACAAGAAGGAUUAA